UGUGACUAAGACCCGGAAGCGCAAAUAAUUCAAGAUGUCGCAUCGAAGAAUUACGUACGGAUGAUUUUUCGUUCUCUCUCUCGUCUAUAAAUAAAAAUCAACAUGCAAAAUUACGAAAAGAAACCUGUGGGCUCAAUGGACGGAACUGCUCCUGAUUUUAGAGGGAAUGAUGGCUCACUCGUAUCUGUUCUAAAGACACUGCUGUUUUUCACUAUUUUGAUGAUAACUCUACCCAUCGGACUGUAUUUUGCAUCAAAGUCUUUUCUAUUUGAAGGCUUUCUGGGUUACUCCAACAAUGACAGCUAUUUCUAUGCCGCCAUUGUUGCUGUUCUUGCAGUACACGUGGUUCUGGCACUCUUUGUUUACGUCGCGUGGAAUGAGGGAUCCCGCCAAUGGAGAGAAGGAAAGCAGGAUUAAACUAGAAGGAACAAGCAGAGAGACCCAUUCACCUACAUAUACAUAUCACAAUAUAAUUGAGUAACAGCAUAUUUGUGUAUAUGUGUGUGUAAUUUUUACCGAAAUGUCUCAGCCGGUCCGAGAGUAGAUGCCAGAUUGCCUCUUUAUCCCAUGAAAUAGUUGAGGUCACUUUCGGCCAUGGAGGAGGUUGUAUGAAAAGGUGUUCAAGAAGAUAUUUUGUGUUUUUGUGCAUGGUUGAUACAGGACAGCGGAGCUUAAACAAACUUAUUGUCUUAUGGUUGUUCAUUGUUACUGCUGUGUCUUUAGCUGCCCAUAUUUAGACUCCUAAUGAAUACAAAUGUAAAAUUAAAAUUGAUUGUUUAGUGAUAUUACACAAUUAUGAGCUGCAAUGUCUUCACAGCUACCCAAAAACCUUAGACAUCAAAGAACUGAAAUGAAAAUGUCUAGCUUCCUGUAGGAUUUCAGUGUCUCCCCUUUAAAGUCAUAAUGUGGUUAUAAUAAGUAGAACGUUGGUUAAAAUCAGUGUGUGUAAAGUUCAUAAGUCUGAUCAUUUCAUGUUUUUUUAUUUAUCCAUUUAAUUAGUACAAUUCUUAAAGCCCAAAAAGUAAUAUAAUUUUCUGAUUUAUAAAUAUUGUUUAAAAUAACAUGUGUUGAGUUAUUUUGCCUGUGAUUAUCGAUCAAUGAAGACAAUAAAUUAAUGCUCUAUAUCUUCCAAA